AUCAUCUUAGUCAUUCUAUAAACUUCUGCCCCAUUUAUUUUAUUUAUUUGACAAUAUUAGUAUAAAUUGUACCAAGUGGAAAAUUGUAUAUAUUUAAGCCAAAUGGAAAAGAAGUCCUGGGUUGCACCGCUUACCUCGUUCACCAACAGUACCGCCAGUAACGAAGACAGACCCCGCAACUCGGGAUCGGUAAACCAAGAUGGGGACCCAAGGUCCAUGCCUCACCCAGCGGUUCCGGCUAAGAAGUGCACAUGUCCCAGCUGCGCUUGCCAACGUAAUGACCAUAAAGCCAAUCCGGUACCUCCUCCGCCUCAACCACGCAAGCCUGCAGCCGAGCCGGAAAGCCCCCACGAUACAGUAAAUGACGAGGACAGUUUGAAGGACAUGAGACGUUCGACGGACCAAUCCCACAAGAGCGCUCAUAUCGCAUUGGAGAAGAAUGAGGACUCGGGUUUUGUGAUCGAGCAGGUGGUUGAUAUGCACAAAUAUUCGUCGGAUGAGGAAGAGGAGGAGGAGACGAUGGGUCGCAUUUUCGGAGUGUCCGGUCCGGUGGUCAAUGCCGAGGAGAUGGCCGGCGCAGCCAUGUACGAGCUGGUUCGCGUCGGACACUCCCAGCUAGUUGGUGAGAUCAUUCGACUGGAGGGUGACAUGGCCACCAUUCAGGUUUACGAGGAUACUUCGGGUGUGAGCGUGGGUGAUCCCGUCUACCAGACGGGAAAACCGCUCUCCGUGGAAUUGGGACCCGGCAUCAUGGGCAGCAUCUUCGAUGGUAUCCAGCGACCAUUGAGAUCCAUCAGUGAACUGACCAACUCCAUAUACGUGCCCAAGGGCAUCGAUACGCCCUCGCUGCCCAGGAACAUUGCGUACGAAUUCACACCCGGAAAAUUGAAGAUCGAUGCUCUGAUCACUGGCGGGGACAUCUACGGAUCUGUUUUCGAAAACAGCAUGAUGCACGAUCACCGCCUGAUACUACCGCCCCGCUGCAAAGGGCGCAUCCGGUGGUUGGCCCCGCCCGGAAACUACUGCGUGGACGAAGUCAUCGUGGAGACGGAGUUCAACGACGAGGUCACGAAGCACACCAUGCUCCAGGUGUGGCCCGUACGCAAAUGUCGUCCUGUGGAGGAUAAGCUCCCCAGCAAUUCACCACUCCUUACUGGCCAGCGCGUCCUGGACGCCUUCUUUCCAUGUGUCCAGGGUGGAACAACCGCCAUUCCGGGAGCGUUUGGAUGUGGAAAGACCGUCAUCUCCCAGGCCCUGUCCAAAUACUCCAACUCCGAUGUCAUCAUCUACGUGGGCUGCGGCGAGCGCGGAAACGAGAUGUCCGAGGUUCUGCGGGACUUUCCGCAGCUUGAGGUUGAGGUCAACGGCACCAUGGAGUCAAUUAUGAAGCGGACUGCCCUGGUGGCCAAUACCUCCAAUAUGCCGGUGGCUGCCCGAGAAGCCUCCAUCUACACGGGCAUCACCCUCUCGGAAUACUUCCGCGACAUGGGCUACCAUGUGUCCAUGAUGGCGGACUCUACAUCUCGAUGGGCGGAGGCGCUGCGUGAGAUUUCCGGACGUCUGGCCGAGAUGCCUGCCGAUGCUGGCUAUCCGGCUUACUUGGGAGCUCGACUGGCCUCCUUCUACGAGAGAGCCGGACUGGUGAAGUGCCUGGGCAGUCCCGAUCGGGAGGGAUCCGUGUCCAUUGUGGGAGCUGUGUCGCCUCCCGGUGGCGACUUCUCUGAUCCCGUGACCUCCGCCACCCUGAGUAUCGUUCAGGUCUUUUGGGGUCUGGACAAGAAGCUGGCCCAGAGAAAGCACUUUCCAUCGGUGAACUGGCUGCAAUCGUACUCCAAGUACAUGCGCACUCUGGACACUUACUACGAGGAGUCCAAUCCGGAGUUCACCCAUCUGCGAGCAAAGGCCAAGAAGGUGCUGCAGGAGGAGGAUGACCUAGCGGAAAUCGUCCAACUGGUGGGCAAGUCGUCGUUAAACGAGGAGGACAAGAUCACUCUCGAGGUGGCCAAGAUGCUGAAGGAUGACUUCCUGCAGCAGAACUCGUAUAGUCAAUACGAUGCCUACUGCCCCUUCUUCAAGACCAUUGGCAUGCUGAAGAACAUGAUGACCUUCUAUGAUGCGGCGAUCCUGGCGGUGCAGAAUACGGCGGACAAUGAGGCGCGUGUAACCUGGGGCUUGAUCCGGAUAAAAGCCGCUCAUAUUCUUUACGAGCUCUCCACCAUGAAGUUCAUUGAUCCGAAGCUGGGUGAAGCGACUGUCCUGGAGAGCAUGAACAAGCUACAUGACAAUAUCCUUUCAACUUUCAGGGAGAUAGAGGAUAAUGUCGAGGACUAUUAGAAGUUGUAAGGUUUAAGUAAAGACUUAAAUUAUUGUAUCGAUUCGUAUUUUAAAAAUUAAAGUGCAUCUUCUGUCAUA